ACUUAUCAUAACACCUUCAGGUUUUGCCAGAAUCCUCUUGCUUAUACUUAUGUGAAGUCUGUGGGGUCCAGCUUUCCUCAGCCCAUCCAAGUGGAGGCCUCUGCCUUGAACAUUGCCAAGUGACGUAGAAUCCCCGGGCCCCGAGGCCCCUCAACACUUCCUGUGUGGGGUACAGAAACCCGCCUCCCUUCCCAGCCUCAGAUGUCUGCUUCAGAAAAUGAAUUAAUAAACUGACUUACCUCCGCCAUCUUAAUCGAGCAAGCAUCCAGUGAGUGAAAGAAGUAUGCAGUCGAGCACUCUCUGGAGGGUUCUGGGACUCUGCCUACUGUCAGUUGGCACUUGGGGACAGGAAGAUACUGACAAAACUGAUAAUGAAACACCGAAUCAAUACAGAGUCUCCAUCUCAGGAACCAGGGUAGUGGUGACAUGCUUUCUGGAUCCUUCAACAGACCCAAUAAAAUGGGAAAAAAUUGAUGGAGAAGAAUCCGGUGAAAAUGAUGAACAACUAAUAAUUGAGAACUUUUCAGAAGUGGAGCACAGUGGUUAUUAUGCCUGCUAUAAGAGUGACUCAGAGAAGAACCAUUAUCUCUACCUGAAAGCUAGAGUGUGUGAGAACUGCAUGGAGGUUGACCUGACAGCCGUGGUCACGAUCGUCAUAGUGGACAUCUGCAUCACUCUGGGCUUGUUGGUGCUGGUUUAUUACUGGAGCAAGAAUAAGAAAGCCAAGGCCAAGCCUGUGAAACGAGGAACCGGAGCUGGGGCCAGGUCCAGGGGACAAAGCAAGGAGAGGCCACCACCUGUUCCAAACCCAGACUACGAGCCGAUCCGGAAAGGCCAACGGGACCUGUAUUCCGGCCUAAAUCAGAGAGGAGUCUGACGGCGCCAGAGGACAAUGCUCAGGCCUGGCUCUCCUGGGGCAUCCUGCUAUUCCUUUUCCCCUGGGCAAGUCUUGGACCCCACAAAGAGAAUUGUUCUUCAGUCUCAUGGUGAAUUCAGGCCCUACAGCCUUGUCCCUUGCUCCCCUCUUCCUGUCUUCACUGCUGGCAUCCAGUUGUAGGCUAUUGCUGCUUUGUUGUCCUUUGAAACAGCGUGGCUACUCAGGCCCUCACACCUGGCCUGCCCUCUUAUCAGCAUAUUUAUUUCUAUUAUUCACUCUCUGCUGACUCUUCCCCCUACGUGGAUGUUAUUUCUGCCUUCAGUACCCUCUUUUUCCUCCAUAUAAGUUGCCCCUUUCCCCUAACAAUUCCAUGCAACUUUUUAUUUUUCUGGCUUUCUCUUUUCCAACCUUCUGUGGGGAAGGACUGGGUAAAGGUUGACAGGGGCCCUGCCUCAUUCUCAGAUCCAGGUCCAGAGUCCACCCUGAGCCCCCUCCCUAGUCUUCACUGUAGGCCACUGUAUGAUAGAAAAGCAAUAAAGUAUAUUUGGGCUGAAA